AUGCCGAGGGGAGAGCUUCGAGUUCAGCAGCAGAGCCAGCGCCACUUCCCAGAGGAUACCUCCAGAGGUAGCGAGCUUCGCGAAGGUAACCAGCCGCGGCUUUCGCAAGUGUAUGUCUCCACUGCUGCUACUUCCGUUGCUUCUGCUGCUGGUGGUCUUGGUCCGACUGCAACUGCUACCGCUGCUAGUAAUGCUGCUGCUAAUGUCGAGGAUAUGGAUCCGCGGCACGGGUACAGCCAGGAGCAGCUGGACGCGUCGAGCACCGCGAUCCACCGCACAGGACCGGGGCCCGCCGAACCUGGCCCGGCGAAUACGCGAGUUGGUAACCAGCGGCGAGGCGAUAAGGGUAACCAGGCGUCGGCGACGAGUCGUCAGCGACGGCGGGUGGUGGAGGCGAGGAAAGAGGCGUGGAGUGCGGAGGACAGAGAGCAAUGGCGCGAGAGGGAACGCGAGGAGCAGGAGUGGCGGGAGCAGGAGCAGACGCGACUACUGGAGCUGCAGCAGCAGCAGAAGCGGAAACAGACGGUACAGAAGGGACUGGGGCAGGCAAAGAAGGGACUGCUGGAGAAGCGGCGUGAGGUGAGCUCGAAACAGCAGAAGCAGCAGAAGCAGCAGCUGCUGCUGUUGCUGCUGGAGAAGCAGAGAGCCACUGGUGGCGUGGUGCCACGAAAUCGCCGGCACAUAGGGCCUGCUGCUGCUGCUUCUGCUUCUGCUGCUUCUGCUACUGCUGCUGCUGCUGCCGCUGGGUCGGUUCCGGCAUUGAAAGAGGGGGUUGGUGACACGACUGCGGAAGGUUCAGGAGGCUAUGGAGAACACGUUGUUGGGCUGCCCACGAUUCUACAGGGUGGUACGGAUGGGGUUUGUGGCGGGGUUGGUGGUGAUAGCAAAGAGGAUGAGGACGAGGAUGAGGAGGAUAAUUUCCACUUUCAGGAUGAGAGCCCCGAAGCAGACGCUGCUGCUGCAGCUGAUGACAGCAGUUGCAUUACUGCAGGCGCUGCCGCAGCUUGUAAGCGCACAAUCCAGCCUCCUGCGUCCACCGUUCAACCUGCGUAUGCGUCAGGGUCAGGGCCAAUAUCUCUGAGGGAGUUAGAGCAGGGAGACCUGUACCAGCCACCGCCAGAGCACGUGAUGCGCGCUAUCAGCACCAGUUACACCCUCCACGCUCCCCACAGCCCUCACAACCCCCACAGCCCGCAUGCCGCCCGUGCAUCCCAAGGGAGCUCCAAGGGGCUUGCUGGUCCCACCAUGCCAGGGAUUUCCAGCCCCAGGGACGUGAGGAAUCCCAAGGGGCCGUCGCCACUUGUGCACAGCCCCUCAGGCCCGUGCGGUGGUGGUGCUGCCAGGGCGCAGCUUGCGUUGCAUGCCGCUGCCGCUGAUGCAUUUCCCAAGUCAGGCUCGCUCUCCAGGCUCGAGACAGCUGCUCUGAGGGCCAGGAGAGGCGCAGCAGCAGCAGUGGGGACAGGGGAGGGGGCAGGUUCGUGGGUAGGUUCGGGGCCACGGGUUAGGUUCAAAGGAGAAACGACCGCGGGUGAAGCUGGAAUGAGGAUAGUUGCUGGGCGGGGGUUUGCUGCUGCAGGUGAUGCCGUGAGUCGAGAGUCUGGCAUGUUGGGCAGCAGUGAGGCAAAUGGCAAUGCAGCAGGACCAGCAGCCGCAGCCGCAGCCGCAGCAACUUGUGUGGGGGCCCCUUCCCCACAGCCGGCCUCGUCCUCGUCCCUUCACGCACCAGGGAGGCUUGAACCCAUCCCUCGUGCACAGACCCAUGACCCGGCAGCAGGGAUGCAGCAGAGAGGUCGUCGCGACACCACAGCAGCAACAGCAGGUUCAGCUGUGGCGGUGGUGGGGGAGGGGAGCAGUAUGGCAGGGCUGUACCGGGCGCAAUCCUCUGAUCCGGCUAGUCUGAAUACGAGCUGGCUGGCCAAGGAGUUUCUGAGAAGCAGCACGUGCCAUACAGAGCCCAAGGGGCUGGCUAUGGCGCUUAUGGGUGGAAGUCGCGGGCUGAGGGGUGGCGUGGGAGGGGCUGUGGGAGUGGAGUCGGGGAGAGGAACCGGGGUGGGGAAAGGGAGGGGGAAAGGGCAGGGAAAGCGUGCCGGAGGGCGAUUAGCUAGCAGUGCUGGUGAGGGUAGCAGUGGUGGUGGUGGUGGUGGUGCUGCUGCUGCUGCUGCUGCUGCUGGUACCGGUGGUGGGUUAGGUGGCAGGCGGGCAGGUAGGCAGGGAAUGGUUGCAGUGGUGCAGGAGGAGGGGAUGGAGGGUAUGGUGGAGCAGGGAGGGGACAGCAGCACUAGUGACUGCGACUCAAGGGGAAAGAGCGGUCACUACGGCAGCAGCAGCAGCACCAACAAGCGCGCUUCCAAGGACUGCAACUCCUCCCGCCUCCAGGGAACAGCGCGACAAAGGGAACAGGGCCUCUACCACAGAGAUGCACCAGUAGGAAUGGACGAUGGCGGGAGGGAUUCGUUCAGGUCACAAGACGGCUGUAACGAUGGCUCGUUCUCAUCUAGAGAUGCAUGUAAGGACGAGGGUUACCCGCCUAGGUUUUCCCACGGCAGCAGCAGCAGCAGGAGGCGGGCUCUAGGCAAGUCAGUAUCAGCGCCCAAGGCCCGCAUUGACGCCUACCCAGUCCCUCAGCCACUGUCGCCUGCGUCGGUUGCUGAUUCUAUGGUGGCAGUGGCGUCGGUAGGCUCUGCUGCCUCCUCCCCUUCCACUCCUGCUGCUGCAAUGGUAGCGGCAGGAGGAGUGCCAGGGGCGUUAAGGCUGGGUGGUGGUGUAGGGAGAAUAGAUGGAGGGAAAUCGUUACUGCCAUCAUCUGCAGCAGCAGCAGCAGCAGCUUUGCCAGGAGGAGGGGCAGCAGGUGUCUUUGCACCUGGGGUCGAUCCAGGUGGUGCUCUUCUCUCCCCCACGACGGGAGCACCGACAGCAGUGGUGACAGCAGCAGCGGCGGCCAUGUCUAGUCGGCUCGCCAGAGCAGUGCUCGAGGCAUCGAAUAGCGGCCCGCUGACAGGGAGAGCUGUCUCUGCGUCCCGCGCGUUGCUAGAAGCGGCUGUUUCCAAAUCCCUGUUGGAAACUGGUUCCUUACCCAUGCCCAUGGCCAUGCCCAUGCCCAUUCCCGUGUCGCCUUCCUCCCCCUCGUCCUCUGCUCCUUCCCCUUCUGCUCCUUCCCCAUCUGCUCGUUCCCCGUCUGCUUUCUCUCCUUGUGCUCCUUCGCCAACCGCCAUGUCCAAUUCCGCUAGAAAACCCGGUUUCAGAAACAGAGCCAGGGCUGUGGGGCAGUCAGCAGGGGUGGCAGAAGCAGUAGGGGCAUCGAAACCAGGUGGUGUGGGAAGAAAAGCGGCAGCAGCGGCAGGUGGGGCAGCAGGAGAGGGGGGAGUGUGGGCAGGUAGCAGCAGAGAGCAGCAGAUGCGGGCAGGUCGAGUGGUGCGCAAGGCAAAGUCAGCUCCCAAGCCGAGUCUCCAUGCUGUUGCUCUCACUCCGCCCUCCCGUCUCCCACUGCCUGCCGCUCAUCCCUCCUCUGCCUCCGCUGCUGCUGCUGUUGCCGUUUCUCAUGCUACUCCUCCUCCUCGUCCCGCUGCUGCUGCUGGUGCUUGCGGUGCUGCUGCAGCCGCAGCAGCAGAAGAAGCACCCACAUCUGGUAGUGGUGGUGGUGAUACUGCUGCUGCUUCUGCUGCUGCUGCGGCAGCACCGGCUGCUGCACUUUCCCUUUGUGCAGUCCCCGUUGUCCCUGCCAUGCCUGCCACAUCCGCCCCUCCCUGGCCCUCUGAGCCCCUCAUCCCCAUCACCACCUCCUCCUCUUCUUCCUCCUCUUUCUCCUCUACCUCUACCACCACUUCCGCCUCUGCCUCUGCCUCUGCUUCCGCCCCUGCCCCUGCCUCUGCCUCUGCUUCUGCCUCUGCCUCUGCUACUGCCACUGCAACAGCGCCCCCUCGCCAGUCACCCUCUCUAACCCAAAUCCUACUGGCAGGACGGCAACUACUAGCCAACAGGAGAGUGGCAUCUGUCCCUAAGGGAACCCUAGACGCCGUCCCUGUUCCAGCACCCUUGGCCCCCCUCAGUCCUUCUCUCACAGAAGGCCCUUAUGACGGGCUUUCCCCGUACCCGAGACGACCCGGGGCAAGAUCACCAGGAGAGAGGAUCGACGAGGAUGGAGAGUGGGUGGCUGAGGAGGAAAGCAGGAAGAGCGUAGCAGCGGAAAGAGAGGGUAGAGAUGGCUGGGCGAGUCAGCACAGGCGGUCUAUAGGCCGGUCUGUGUCUGCCCCCAAAGCCUCCUUGAAUGAUGCUCUUGUGCCUGGUCCCCCAAGCCUGAGUGCAAGGGGGAAUGCAGGGAGGGGAGGGAGGGUUGUAGAGGGGGAGGCGAGGCAACAGCAAGAGCUGGAGUCUCCUUCCUUCAGAUGUGCAUCGCCGGUGGGGUCGCUGGGCGUGUCACCACGUGAGUCGUUCCGUGUGUCCCCGGGUGUUUCCCCAGGGGCGUCGUUUGGUUCAGGGAGACAGAGUCCGUUUGGAGGUAGAGGAAGGCAGCUGCUGUGUGUUGAGAUAGGAGAGGGAGGUGUGGUGCGCGUGGUGGGUGGCGGCAUGGGGGAGAAGGGUCAGAAGAGUGGGCGAAAGGUGGGGUGUGGAAAAAAACGUGGUGGUGAGGGGGAGGAGGAGGACGUGGGGGAUGGGAGGUCCAGGGGUGGUAUGGGACAGGAGAGAGGGGAUGGGAAGGAUAGGGCCGGCAGUUGUGAUGAUUCGGAGGGGUUGAGUGAAAGUGAUAGCUGCAGUUAUAGCAGUGAUGAUGGUACUGCUGAUGUGGCAAAAGGUGCUCCAAUCGCAGUGGAUAGAAGAAGCAGUCGCAGAAGCAGAAGUAGAAACGGGGACGGGGACGGGGAUGGGGACGGGGAGGGGAGCAGCAGUAGGGGUGGGACUAGCGAAAGUAGGGACUCUUGUCGCGGUCCAAGAGCGGAAGGAGCAGCAGGAGCAGCAGGAGUGGGAAGCGGGCGGGAGAGAAGACACGGAGCGGGUGAGAAGAAGCGGGUGGGGGAGAAAGAGAAGGACAUGGUGAUUGGAUGGGCCAAGGCACGAGAAUGGGACCCGUCGCGGAUGGACGGAGGGCCCAAGGUGGACAAGAAACUGGCUCUGGCUGUACUGCUAGGCAAGCCAUUCGUGCCUGAGGAAGGGGAUGAUGAUGAGCGAGGCAUCGGGGCGAAAGGAGGGCGGGUUGGGAGCCUGGAGCGAGGGUGGAGCCUUGACAGGAGAGGGAGAGGCGGCGGGGGGAUAGGGGGUGGUGGGCGGAGAGGUGAGGGGGAGAUGGGGGAGGGGAGGAGUUGCAGUUUGGAGAGAGAGGAUGGGAGUGUGGGGGGGAGGGUGGUUGGGAGUGGGAGUGGGCGGAGGGGGCGACUGGUGGGACGGUUGAAGGCGGUUGGGGAGGAUGCGGAGGAAGGGGAGGGUGGUGAUGACAGUGCAGGCAUGGGGGAGAGUGAGAAGGGAGGAGUAAGGGAGGAGGGAGGUGGAAGGGAGGAGGGUUUGGGUGGUGGAAGGGAGGGGGGAAGGGUGCAGAGGGAUGGUCGUGGGAACAAGGAGAGGGACGAAGACGAGAGUGGGAAUGAGAGCGAGAAUGGGAGUGGGCUUGAGAGUGGGAAGGAGAGUGAAAAGGAGAGUGAAAAGGAGAGUGCAAAGGGGUCUCGCAGGAGGAGUAUGGAAAGACGAGGGGCAGAGGGCAAUGGAGGGAUGGGGACGCAGGAUGGGAAUGGUGAUGGGGAUGGGGAGCGUGUGGGGAGGAGGAGACGGAGGGUGCAGUUUAAGGAAAUGAGCUCCGGUGAUCGGUGGUCGUUCCCUCGCAGUGAGACCCAGGAUGAGGAGGACUAUGGGGUUUGUGAUGAUGAUUAUAACGAGUAUGAGGAGGAGGAUGAGGACGAGGAGGAGGAGGAAUUGGAAGGGGAAGCGUUUGAUGUGGUCACAGGAAGUGAAGAUAGUGAGGGGUAUGAGGAUGAAGAAGAGGACAUUACAGAAGAGGAGGAGAUGGAGGAGAAGGAAGAGGAGGAGGAGAUAGAGGAGAAGGAAGGGGCGGAGGGAGAAGAGGAGAGGAUCGAAACUGACGAGAUAGGAAGGGCUGUGAAGGAGGGGCAAGGGCAACAGGCAGCAGCGCCGAAAGUAACCAGGGAGCAGUGGCUGGCUGUGGUAGAGGAGAGGAGGAGGAGGCUGAGAGAAGCAGGUGAGCGUGAAGGAGUGACACAGGAGGAGCGGAAUGUGAAGUGUGGUGAAGGGAGUGGGGGUGGAGAGGAGGAGUUGGUGGUUUUGCUGGAAGUGGGGAAGGAGGUGGUAGUGGGUAGAGUGGAGAAGAGUGCAAGGGAGAGUGUAGGAGGGGCGAUUGGGGGGGGCGCGAGUGUGGUGGGGACAAGUGUGGGGGUGCGUGUGGGGAAGAAUGUGGUGAAAGGGAUAGGAGGAAGGGAGCUGGUGAGGAGUGAUGAUGAGGAGGACAAGGAGGAGGAGGAGGAGGAGGAGGAGAAGGAAGAGAAGUUGAGGGAGGAGGACGAGGAGAGCGAGGUACAAGAGAGGGAAGAAUUGGGGGAAGGGAAGGACGUGGGAGGAGCAGUAAGGGAUGGAAACUCUAAUGGGUGUGCGAAUGAUGCCGUUCAGUUUGUAGCGUCAGAGGGAGGAGAGGAGGUACAAGAGAGCACGGUGGUGAAUGGUGAAUUGGAGGACCGGCAAGAUGGCAAGGAGGUAGGAGAUGGGUUUGGAGGAAGCAGGGACGGGGAUGCUGGUGUUGGUGCUGCUAUGCAGGCAUGGCAGCAGUCAGAUGUGUCGAGUGAGGGGACGGAUGGGGACGGGAAUAAGGUUGAGGUGAUUUUCUUCAGGAGAGAGGACGGGGAGGAGAGUGAGGAGCAAGUGGAGGAGGAGUGUGAGGAAGACGGGGAGGAUGAUUGGUCUGAUGAGGAGGAGGAGCAGGGUGAGGUGGGAGCAGAGGGAGAGGAAGAAGAGGAUGGAGUGGGAGAAGGGACGGGAGAGAACCGGGAAAGGGGAGAAGAGAAAGUGGUGGGAGAUGGUGGGGCUGUGAUGGAGGGGGGUGAAACGGAGAGGCUGGAAGGGCAGAGUGCUUUUAAUGAGAAUGGGCAAGGGGAAAGAAUCAGUUCUGACGCAUCACAGAGCACGGUGGCUGCAGCAAGGGAUGGGACGAGAGGGAAGGGUGUGCAGCAGGACGUGUGUGUUGAGAUGUGUCAGAAGUCGCAGCAGGGGGUUGGUGAGGACUUGAGUGGUGGCAGGAGCAGUGGGGAGAGCGGUGGGGAGGGCAGUGGGGAGAGUUCUUUGCGGCAGGACACACUGAGGCGGCGGGCGGUUGAGAGGUGGCGGCGGGUGCAGCAACAGGGGGGCGAGAAAGCUAUGCUGGCAGCAGAAGGGGGGUUGCGACGUCGGAGCGAAGAGGGCACGGGGGGAGACAGCAGCAACGGGGAGGAAAGCAAGGGGGGAGAAGGCCGCGGUGGGCCGAGAAUGGUGUUUGGCGCGCUGCUCAAGAGCAACACCCUUGGCACUAUACGCAGGAAGCCCCCAAAGCCCAUGCCGUGCACCGUGGACGGGUCAGCAGCAGCACCAGCCUUCCCCUCGUCCUCCUCCACCUCCUCUACGCACUCCACCCAUUCCCACUCCUCCAAACGCCCUCCCCCCAACGCUCGCUCCCUCGCUGGCACCAUCCUAUCCUCCAUCAGCAGGUCUGUAUCCAUGCCCAAGAACCUGGAUCUGGAGCACGCAAGCCAGCCACACCACAUGCAAUUCCAGCUGGUCGAGCUGCAGCUGGCCACUGGUUCCUUUGACGCGGCGAAUCUGCUGGGCGAGGGAGCGUGUGGGCGUAUGUACCGGGGCGUGCUGCCUCUGCAGCCACGCCGCGAGGUGGCCGUGAAGGUGCUGCGACGCGCUGACAGAACCACUGCUCCAGCCGCCGCCGCCGCCGCCGCCGCUGCUGCUGCCCCUGCUUCCACUGCUGUUGCUUCUGGCGGUGCUGGUGGUGCCACUGGUGGUGGUCGUGACGGUGCUGCUGGCGCUGCUGCGGGUGCUGCUGCUGCGGCGGCUGCUGCGGACACGGAUGCAGGGUUCAAGUGGGAGGUGGAGAGAUUGUCAAGGCUGGAGCACAGGAACCUUGUGAGUCUGAUAGCGGUGGGGGAAGGGAACGCUUGCUUCCAAUGGUUUCUACUGGCCCCUGCUGUGCCCACCAGUGCUGCGCCUACCUGUGCUGCGCCUACCUGUGCUGCGCCUACCCCUGCUGCGCCUACCUGUGCUGCGCCUACCUGUGCUGCGCCUACCCCUGCUGCGCCUACCUGUGCUGCGCCUACCCCUGCUGCGCCUACCUGUGCUGCGCCUACCCCUGCUGCGCCUACCUGUGCUGCGCCUACCCCUGCUGCGCCUACCUGUGCUGCGCCUACCCCUGCUGCGCCUACCUGUGCUGCGCCUACCCCUGCUGCGCCUACCUGUGAGGGUGCUGGGGUGCUGUGUGACGCCAUCCAAGUGAGGGUGCUGGGGUGCUGUGUGACGCCCUCCAAGCGCAUUCUAGUGCGCCACUACCUGCCGCUUGGUUCCCUGCACGACCAUUUGCACGGUGGGACACUGUGCAGUGCGGUGGUGGGUGGUGAAUGGGGCGUGGGUGCUGUUGCAUGCCAUGGAGUGGUGUUGUUGCAUGACAUGCUCUGA